AUGUUGCAGCUCAAUAUCUUUGUAAAAUACCGGGUGCUCUUGAUUGGUCUGUUUGUAACACGCAUUUUCGGGGCUCCUCGCUUUGGUGCGAGAUGGAGCCCCCGUCGAGCCAUUCCACCGCGAACUGUCGUCAAUAGUCCUCGAUCAACAACAAUGAAGAAUGUGCGAUCUAGACCCCGGUCCCCCAGAAGUUUAUGCUUUGAUAUGCAGCAAACAAACACUACUCAAACCCCUACCCGACUUCAAAACGCUCUCAACGUGACAGGAUGCGGGCUCAGAAAAUGGCGAGAAAAAGUUGCACGAGAUCUCUUAUUCGAAAAAGAGAAAACGGCUGAGCCAAUUUCCAACGAAGAGCCCCGUAAGCGGCAUCCUUGGUACCCUUCGUGGAUGAUUUCUGGAAUAAGAUGCUUUUGGAAAGGUGUCUUGCAUGUUUUGCAAAACUAUGGAAUACUUUGGGCGCUUGAGUCGAUUGGAACUGAGAUUGUCCACACUCCUGUGAAACUAUUUCUGGAGCAUGGUGCACAUCGUUGCCCAUCUGCCUAUCGGAUAUUCAGAAAUGGCCUUCUUUCUUGCUUUUUGAGUUUGAAUAGACUGGCCAUUGCAUUUGAAGAAACGCUCCUUUACCUUUUUCCAGUGCUACUUUGCCAUCGUUUUUUACCUCGCGGAGAACGAAGCAAGCGAUAUGCGUCUAGAAUGGGCCUUUAUUGCUACAGUUUGCGAUCCGAAUUUGUAGAAUUGGUAGAUGCAGUCGUUGCGGCACCUAUUUAUGAAGAGUUCGUCUUCCGUUUUCUCUUUCGUCAAAUCUGGAUGCAGGUGACACAUCUGAGAAAGUUGAUAGAAGAAAGGUUCAAGUCCCACACUACAGAUGAGGAAGUUACACGUCGAAAGUGGGAUGAUCUUGAUGACUUGACGGAAUCGUGGAUCUUGCCGAGUAGUGUUCUCUUCGGAGUGGCGCAUGUCGACAAUUGGAUGCCUCUCGAUAGAAAGUAUUUCUGGGAUAGUAUUCUCAUCUUCUUACGGUUGGUGGGAAGAAAAGAUAUCCACAAGUACCCCAUGCGCCGGAAACAUGAGCAUACUCUUCUCUGCAGCUUGUUCCAAUCACAGCAUUGCUUGGUUUUGUCCUUGAUCUGUCUUGCACCAGUCUAUCAGCAUCUUGGAAUGAUGGGAUCUAUUGGAUCCCAUGCGAUACUCAAUCUGAUCAACGGCUGUAUUCCAAAUCAUCGCUACAUCCUAGCUGUGCUCUCGGUGUGUGCUGGAUUUGCUCGAACGAUCCGUUCGAGUGUAUCGAAGAUCUGA